UGGACAUAAUCCCCUAAAGAUAUCAUGAUCUUGUUGCUGUUUCGUUCUAAAAGAUUUUUUUAUUUUGGUUUAUCCCUCAUCUUCCUUUUUUUCCCUUCUUCUUCGUUCCCUCUCACCGCCCCCGACCAAUGAACUCAACGCAGGCGACAUCCGACGAUAUUGCUGCUGCGCUAAGUCACAUCAGUGCGCCGGACACUGAAGAGCUCAUAUCUCAGAUUAUAUCGCUACUUUCAAUUUCUGUGUUAUCCAUGAUUAUGGGCAGCAAGACUGGAGAUACUCGGUUUGGAGAAUUGAGUGUCAGCCGAAUUUUGAUCAUGGGCCUUUAUAUCUGGUCGUGGGCAUUUACCAUUAUCGCAACCAUCCUUGUAUCUACCAACAACCAUAAUUAUAUUUCGUGCAUACUAACUUCAUACACCUGUGAUGUAUUUUAUGCUGGUACAAAGAUGAUCAUUUAUCAAUGGCUAUCUGAACGCAUUUGGCUGGUAACAGCGUUCAAGACGAGCCGCCUCAAGACUUGGCAAUACAAGUUCCAUUUGUUCCUGCAGUGUCCCUACGCCGUUCUAUUCGUCCUUGGUGUUAUUUACAGAAUUACCAUCAUAGAUGAUGAUGGCACUUGCUCAAUCGGUCUUCAACCUACAGCCAGUAUUCCACUCAUGGUCUACGAUUUUGUGUUCAAUCUUUACUUGACAAUUCUCUUCUUGAGACCAAUUUUGACCGUUGGUAGAGGUCUCAGAGCCAAUCGCAAGGGUUCUGGAUUGUACCGUCUAGCCAAACGUACCCUGGUGUCUGCCGUGGUAUGUCUCCUUGUCUCGUUUGCUAACCUCCUUACACUCAUUGUUGUUGGAGGUGCAGAGCGUGGCGUAACCUGCCUCUUGUUCUGUACUGCGGAUGUCACGAUCAAUGUGUUGACCAUCCAUUGGGUCACGAAUGGUCACGACAGUAAAAAACAAUUGCCUGCAGGCAAACAAGCCGCAAAUGUCUCACGAUCGAAUGACAACGAUGACUUGUCACCGUAUCGAAGCGCAGUUAAGGUUGACGUCCAAAUUAUGCCGGCCAAAGAAGAGGACUAUACGGAUGAAGAUGUUCAUUCUAUCCAAACCUCCCAAACAAGUGGCAAACCACUUAAUUAUGACGAAGAUGAGAAAGUUUGAAGACGUUGUUGGAUGCCAGCCAGCACUUUGUAGCCGAAUUUUAUGCUUCUUAACUAAACAAAAUAAACCAAAUGUAAUUAUGAUACGUUCUCUGUCGAUUGAUUCGCUUGAGAUCUCGACUA